UGAAAUGUAAAAGGGAGAUUUGAAAGUGUAUGUUUAUUCUUUUUUAGGCAAGUAAACAGUUUGUUUCCCAUGGUUUUGGGUUUUGUUGUUGCACCAUCUAGCAUCACUUUUCGGCUCCUGUCUAUCCCAUGUAACUGUCCAGGUUCCAGUUGAGGCAUGUUCCAGGUUACAGAUCCCUCUAUCAAGCUUUUUGGAAGCGAUAUUCACAUCCAAACUCCUAUUAACUCAGCACAUAUUGCAGAUUCAAAUUCUCCCACUCAGAUUCAGCCUCUGCCUCAACCCAUCACCAUGAACGGAAUUGAAAAAUCAACUAGUGCUGAAGAGAAUAUUCCAAUGGACGAAGCAUGUACCAAAGUAGUUCAUAGGACUAAUGAACACAGAACUGAUACAAGAGAUUUUGAUCAAGAAAAAGUUCUCAAGAAGCCAGACAAGGUCCUGCCAUGUCCUCGCUGCAAUAGUUUGGAAACGAAGUUUUGCUACUUCAACAAUUACAAUGUCAACCAACCUCGGCAUUUCUGCAAAAACUGCCAGAGAUAUUGGACAGCUGGGGGAACAAUUCGAAACGUUCCUGUAGGAGCCGGUAAGCGCAAAAACAAGCACUCACAUUUGCAUUAUUAUCAGGUUGCUGUGACUCCUGAUGAUGCAGUACAUGGCAUGCACACAGAUCCAAACCCUGCUAGUAGUGAUAUGCAUCUCUUGCCUGUUACUUCAAGACCUUUUAAAGAAGCUCCUCUUAGUGAAUCCCUUGAAACUAUGUUAAAUCUCAAGGGCCACACAAAAAUUGAAGUGGAUUCUUCUACUGUCAAAGAUGAUUGUGAGGUCCCUUCUAGCUCUUCUGUGAGAUCUGUUGAAUCCAUGGAGAAAGAAUGCUCAGAAAAUGGGAUCGAGCAAGUUGGUUUAAUUCCUUUACAUCCACUUCAUUAUUAUCCUGUUCCUCCAUGGGCUUAUCAAUGGAAUCCCUGUUGGAAUGCAAUGGCUUUUAGGCCUAGUAGCAUAGCUUCCAGUUACAUGAGUUCAGCAACCAUGAUAGCAAUUCCUGGCUUCUCCACACCAACAGUAGAAUUACCAGUAUCUCCUUCUUCAUACUGGGGUUGCAUGCCAAGCUGGGCUGAACAAAAGGACGAGUCUUCAUUGGUUGGAUCUACAUUCAGUGGCAUUCCAUCACCUUCAUCUUCAGUUAGCAACAGUACUUGUUCUGGCAAUAGGUCCCCAACCUUGGGAAAACAUUCUAGAGAUGGAAGUACUGCAGCAGAAGACACAGUGAAUCAGAAUCUUUGGGUACCUAAGACUGUGAGAAUUCAUGAUCCAGAAGAGGCUGCAAAGAGUUCUAUAUGGACAACUUUGGCAACAAAGUCUAAACUGAACAAACCAAUUAUGAAAGGAAGUGUUUUCAAAUCAUUUGAACCUAUGUCAAAUGGAAGUUCUCAUGUUUUAGAGGAUAAUCAGAUUCUAAGGGCAAACCCUGCUGCUUUCUCCCGUUCUGAAUCUUUUCAGGAAAGCUUGUAAAGUUCUGUGUUUAUUCCAGCUUUAGGUUGAGUUCAGCUCAACCAUGUCAUAAAAGAGGAUUUCUGCUAGUCCUUUUCUGUCAUGGCUAAUUCUGUAUUAAGUCUUUAGAAGAUAGCCAUGAGAAGAACCUUGAAGUGUUUUUAAGCUAUUAUGUUCUCUGGUUAGUAAGAAUCCCAAUCUUGUGGCAAUAAGACUUGUGCCUUUGCACUUCAAGUUCGUUACCAUAAAGAAAGGGAGCCAUGGCAGUUCAUGAAAUUCUGACUGAGGUAGUUGUACUAAAGACUUGUGCCUUUAUUCUUUUUGUUCAUUAGUUGACUAAUUUCUUGUUUUUCUUCAUUAUAUGUUUCCUUUGAUCAAUAUCUAUAGUUUACCUUCA